CCCAUUUACUCUUUUAGUCCAAUCAUUCUCUUCAGUUCUUAAUGGAUCUCCAACUCCCCUCCUUUUCAAUACUUCUCAGCUCAUUCCUCUUUGUGUUUAUGGUGUUAAACAUAUUGAAAAGAUCAUCAAAAACUAUAAACUCUUCUUCAAAAUACCCCCCGGGACCAUGGAAGUUGCCCAUCAUAGGAAAUUUGCACCAGCUUCUAAGCUCUUUGCCCCAUCAUGCACUAAGAGACUUGGCCAAGAAGUAUGGACCCUUGAUGUACAUACGAAUUGGACAGGUUCCAACAUUAGUGGUUUCAUCGCCGGAGUCUGCGAAAGAGGUGAUGAGAAAUCAUGACGCCAGCUUUGCUUCUAGGCCAGUCUUUCUUUUUACAGAGAUCAUGUUCUAUAAUUCAAGAGACAUUCUGUUUUCUCCAUAUGACGAAUAUUGGAGACAACUGCGAAAAAUAUGCACGCAGGAGCUCUUGAGUGCGGCGAGAGUUCAAUCUUUUAGAUCCAUUAGAGCAGAAGAGAUGCUUAAUCUCAUGGAAUGGAUUGCUUCAAAUGUUGGCUCCUCUGUCAAUCUCACUCAAAGAAUCUACUCCUCAACUUAUACCAUCACUGCACGAGCAGCUUUUGGUAAGAAAAGCGAAGAUCAAGAGGAGUUCAUAUCAAUCAUGGUGGAAGCUAUAAAGUUAUCAUCAGGUUUCGAUCUCGCAGAUGUGUUUCCUUCUUUUGGUUUUCUUGAUCCUCUUAUCUUCGGCACAAGGGCUAAACUCGAGAAGCUGCACGAAAAGUCUGACAGGAUAGUUGAGAACAUCAUCAAGGAACAUAACAAGAGGAAGUCAGCAGAAAAAAGUGGUGAAAGUGAAACAGUCACAGAAGAUCUGGUAGAUGUUCUUCUAAAGUUUCAUGACAACGACCUUGGGUUUUCUCUUACAACUGACAAUCUUAAAGCAAUAAUCAUGGACAUCUUUACUGCUGGGACUGAGACAUCUGCUACCGUUUUGGACUGGGCAAUGGCAGAAUUGAUAAAGAAUCCAAGAGUCAUGAAGAAAGCACAAAAUGAGGUGAGAGAAGUAUUUCAUAGAAAAGGGUCGGUGGAUGAAACAUGCAUUAGUGAGAUGACAUAUUUGAAAUCUGUUGUCAAAGAGACACUAAGAAUGCAUCCUUCUGCUGCCCUUAUUCCAAGAGAAUGUAGAGAAAAGUGUGAGAUUAAUAGUUUUGAGAUACCCGCGAAAACUAGGGUCAUCAUUAAUGCAUGGGCAAUUGGAAGAGAUCCUAGGUAUUGGGAUGAGCCCGAUAGUUUCAUUCCGGAACGGUUUCUUGAUAGUCCUAUUGACUACAAAGGAACAAACUUUGAGUACAUCCCAUUUGGGGCCGGGAGAAGAAUAUGCCCCGGUAUGUCGUUCGGUGUGAUAAAUAUCGAGCUUCCUCUUGCAAUGUUGCUCUAUCAUUUUGAUUGGAAGCUCCCCAAUGGAAGGAAACAUGAGGACCUAGACAUGACCGAGUCUUUUGGCGGAACGAUUCGUAGAAAAGACGAUUUGCACUUGGUUCCAAUUGCUUAUGACCUGUCACCUAUUGAAAAAAAAAUCUGCGAAGAAAAUGAAGUAGCUUGUCCCUGAUAGUAAUGCAGCUGUUUGUUUACAUUAGUAAAAUAAACCACUAUGGAUUAAGAUAUAUUUAUUUGUUGUGCUCUAUAAAACAGCAUGUAAUAUGUCCCCAAAGAAGAAAAAAAUCUCCAUUUGUUUCCUGGAAAUUGACAAAAACAAAACAGUAUU